CCCCUCUCGCUCUCGCAAUGUUUACAAACAGUGUGCCGCUCUCAAAUCACCGCUGUUGCUUUGCACGUGCGUCGCAAGUGUUGCUCCGAAAUGUUUAAAUUUUCUUUCCAAGUAGAGCCGGAAGACGAAUCGCCAUCAACCACAUCGAAGGAUGAGGAAGCGAAAGCAGAAUCCAGCACAGAGGAGAGCAAAUCAACUGUGAAGGGAGACAGUGAUGUGUACCCUUGCGAGGAGCUUGAUUUUGAGUCCUCACAAUCCAACAAAACUGCCGUCAAUCCAGAUGUAACGAGUACCUUUACACCGGGAGCGGAGCUAGCGAUCGAUUACCUUAACCAUCUUGCCCUGCUGGAUGAAACCUUCACGGACGAUAUCGUGACGGCCGAAACGGACCACUCGGACCUGAUACCGAACCGGUACGAGGGUGGGCUGAAGGUGUGGGAAUGUACGUACGAUUUGGGAGAGUUUUUAUCCGCAUGCGAGGAAAGGCGGGCCGAGUUUGGCGGGAAGAAGGUGCUGGAUCUUGGCUGUGGUGCAGGCCUGCUCGGUAUUGAGGCACUGCUGCUGGACGCCAGCUGUGUACACUUUCAGGAUUAUAACAAGGAUGUACUGACGAAGCUAACGAUGGUCAACUACGACCUUAACUGUCGCUCGUCAACGGAAAGCGACGAGUCGAAGGAGCAGAAGAGUACACCCGUGGAAGUGAAAUUCUUUUCCGGCGAUUGGGGCAGCUUUACGGAAAAGUACGACGAAACGUACGAUCUGAUACUUACCUCGGAGACGAUCUACUCCACCCAGAACUACGCCAAACUGCUGCAACUGUUCGAUCGGAAGCUGGAGCCUAGUGGCGUUGUAUAUUUAGCAGCAAAGACGUACUAUUUCGGUGUCGGCGGCGGUGUCCGUCUGUUUGAGCAAGCGAUCGACGCGGACGGUCGCUUCCGGCACGAGGUCGUGUGGAAGUGUUGUUCCGGUGUGAAGCGCGAGAUUGUUCGAAUCACCCGGAAGCUGUAACAGUACUCGCUUCCGAUGACUGUUGAAAAUGGAGAAAAAGAAAAAUGCGAACAGCACAGAAAUUGUUUUUGAAAGAUAUAUUUAAAAUAUAUACUCUACUAAUGUUCGUAAGUUUAA